CAUCAGAAGCAUGCCGUCUCUCCUUGUGUACAUAUUUCUUACUCAUUCCGUCCUACACUCUCAAAUUUUAAACUUGUUAAAUUCAGGCACUUCAGCUUAAAAGUUUAAAAUUUUAAAGUAUGUAAAUAUUUUCAAUUUUUUACUGAAAUCAACAAACGGUAACCGGAUAUUGUCAUCGAGUAGAAAGUGAAAUUGAGAAUUUAAAUAUAUAAAUAUAUAGGGAAGUUGUUAUAUUUAAAGAGUUGUCAGGCCAUUGAUCCGCCCAUAUAUAAAUCUGCGACCACACCAAUAAUCUACAGUCUAUUCGGAGCAGAUUUACCCAAUUUCGCUGCAUCUGCAUUAAGGUCACUAUAAAAAAUUUUGAGUUGAGGUCAAUAUUUUGUCGUUUCUCGAAGCAAAAAGCUGUAAUGAGUGAGGUGAAACAACCUGAGAACGGGAUGUUUCCUAACUGGACUUCUCCAGGAAUGCUGGAACCAAUUUGGGACUGGAGAGAAAGUCAUGAUGCUCGGAUAUCGAAUUUACUCGAGACUGGGUUUCAAAGCGAUUUAACCCUUUAUCUCGGAUCGGAUGGAGUAAAAGUUCCCGUACACAGAAUAUUUCUCCAGGCCGGCUCUCCAACUCUAAAUUUCAAGAUCAAGGUUUCGAUGGAGGACCUGGUCAUAGAAGAUGUGGAUAGUCGUGUCUUCAAGAUAUUGCUGAAGUAUUUGUACACUGGGAAAUGUAACGUGGAAAUGGGGGAUGCUCUCCAACUAAUGCUACUCGCGAAGGAAUAUGAAAUAAAUGGUUUAAGGGACCACUGCGCUGCAGUCUUAAAGGGAGACUUGACCUGUGAAAAUGUACUAGGACUUUUUCAAAGUGGGAUGGAAUACGGUCAUGGUGAUCUUAUCCAAUCAUCACUUAAAUUCAUAUGCAGGAAUGCGAGUAAAAUUUUGAGACGUGACGAAUUUUCCAAAAUGCGAUUGGAAUGUUUGAUCGAAAUAAUUCAGCAGGACUCCCUCCGGGUUAUUAGCGAGAUGGAAGUGUUUGAAACGAUAAAUCGCUGGGGCGUAGCAGAAUGCGGACGACAAUCUUUGGAUCCAGAAAAUACCGAAAAUUUACGAAAAUGCUUGGCCAAACCGCUGAAUUACAUCCGAUUUCCGUUAAUGGAUCCGGAGGAAUUCGCCUUACACGUGACAUCCAAAAAACUCCUCAACACGGACGAGUCGAUGGAGCUGCUGACCUGUUUCCUUGUGAAACCAGAUCGUAGAAAUUUGCUUCCACAUGCAAAAUUUAUAUCACGUCCACGCACUUACAUUUGUAAGGACAUCUGUCUAAAAAGGACCAUUACAGGUGGAACGAGAAUAAUUCAGAACGUUAUCGUUGGCGGAAAUGCAAACGGCGAAGAAACAAUUAUGGUUCGGGUUAAAGAAAAUGCCGUAUUGAAGUCAAUUUCAGUAUGCAAGGACAUCUUUAACGUACAUGGUAGUAACUACGUCGCCCUGUAUGAUCUAAUUCAGGCCACGAUCACAAUGUCUGAUGCAUUUCUAAAUGUCCGAACCCUUAUGGUACAAACGGACGCUGUAAAUAACGAUGAAUACUUACGAAUCGACAUCACUCCCCCUUUGCAACUUAACGUAAACGACGGUUGGGUGAAGGUCACGAUUAGGUUUUCCGGCGUGAUCGGAUAUCGCCAUUUCAAUGAAAGCAUGGCCAGCAGAGUAAAUGUGAACCUUACGCAAAGUAUAUUUCCCGCUAACGGAUAUAACAGAGUGGUUGCAAAUUAUGAGGAUUGUUUUAAGUUAAGUAUGGUAAACAGUGUGGAUUUUGUCGAUAUUAAAAGAGCAGAUUGGGAUAAUCUUUGGGAAAAGUUUGGAUUGAUUGAAAAGCUGGUAUUUGAGUUAGUUUGAUACAUACGGUUUGUAGUGAUCUUGAUUUUGUUGGGUUUGUUUCUAUAAUUUAGUAAUCCAACAUCAAAUAAAAACUGAAUUUUUAGUAUGUAAAAAUUAUUAAUUUCUUUGUACUAAGAAUGGUAAUUCACUCAACUAUAGAAUACU